AGUCUAUAUAAACAUAGUAGUCAGUCUAUCAGUCUGCAUUUAGAUGAUAUAUUAUUAUUAUGUGAUUGGUUUAAUAACAUUAACUCAUUUCUAAUUAAUCCAUUGGAAUAAUAACGUUUUCUAACGAUUGCAACUUUUUUUUAAAUUUAAAAAAAUGACUUCCCAAAAAGCAAACAUGGAAAUAAAUUCACCGCCACAACAUGGUAUCGGGAAUAUGGAAAUAGCUGACAGUCCUUAUCCUCCAUUAAAUGAUUAUCCUGGUCGGCGCGAUUAUCAAUCAGCAAUGUCUUCGGAAGAGCCAUAUCCAACUGACGAUCCAACGUAUGUUAAAGGUUUCGAGUUCAGUGAUGAAUCCAUUCGGCGAGGUUUCAUUCGUAAAGUCUACAGUCUUCUAUCCCUGCAAUUGAUUUUCUCAUUUGGCAUCGUAUUGCUGUGCACCCAACAUGAUGGUGUGAAAAGUUUCAUUCAAGGAAAUCUGUGGAUGUUUUUCAUCGGAUUUUUACUUCUAUUAAUCACGACAAUAGUUAUGCUUUGUUGUGAAUCUGCUCUUCAUAAACAUCCGCAUAAUUUAAUCUUUUUGUCAUUUAUGACUAUUGGGGAAACAAUUUGUAUUAGUUGUAUGUCAACAAUUUACAACUCUGAAACGGUAUUGAUAGCGUUGGGAAUGACCUGUCUGUGCUGUCUUUCACUGACAAUUUUUGCCAUACAAACCAAAAUUGAUUUCACAAAAUUGGGCGGCGCUUUAUUUGUGGCACUUUUGAUGCUUGUAUUUGUUGGCAUUAUUGGUUCAUUCAUUCGAAGUCACCUGAUGGAAUUGAUUCUCGCAUGGAUUUCUCUUAUUCUAUUUGCGAUUUACUUGAUACAUGACACACAAAUGAUUAUUGGCGGUAAAGGAAAAUAUCAAAUGGGUCCAGAUGAAUAUAUUCUUGGAACACUAAGCCUAUAUUUGGACAUAAUCAACAUUUUUGUUGAUUUAUUGAAAAUUAUUUCAUCACUAAAAAAAUAAGUACCAAGUGUAUUUUUUAAUUAUUGACUGAUGUCUGAAAUCAAAGGACAACGCAAAGAGAAGAUUAUCACACAUAAAAAUCGGAAUGUUUUUGUACUAGAGAACUGGAUUUUUGCUGCAAGAUGCUUGUCAUUUUUUGAAAAAAAAAAAAAAAA